AUGAAUUAUGUUGUGGGUGGUCCUCUACCACAAACAUCUCAACCGCAGUAUGCAUCACGGAUAUCGAUGUCUGAUUUGUCACAAUUUUCACAAUUUUCAGCAAGCAGUGGGAUCGUCAGUCAUACAUCUCCAAGGUCCUUAUUCUACAAAGGUUAUAUAUCGGCAUUCAGCCCUUUUCGAGACAAUGUUGUAGAGAGUGAUGAUGAAGAUGAGGACGAGGAUGAGGAUGAGGAGAAAAAUGAGGACGAUGAUGAUGACGACGAGGAUGAUAAGAAUGACGACAAUGAGGACGACGAGGAGCAGUAUAUAAGAAGAAACCCUUCUAGAAAGUUUGAGGAUAUUGAUGAUGAUGCUUCGAGUUUGACUACCCAACAAAUUAAACAUAAUGAGUUUGGGAACACAGAGAUAGAUGAUGAACACCCAGAAGCAUGUUUCAAAGACAAUUGGGAAUCGUAA